AUGGGCACUGGGUGGGACGUGUGCGCGCUCCUCUUCGCGGCGUUGCUCGCCGCCCAGGCUUUCCCCCAGACCAACAUAAAGAUCAGCCAAGCCAUGCCGGAGCCCGUCCAUGCCUACUCCUGCCCACUCUUCUGGACUGAGUACGAAGGCCAUUGCUACCGGUACUUCCCCAUCAACAAAACCUGGGCUGAAGCUGACCUCUAUUGUGCCGAGUUCUCCAUCGGCAUCAGAUCAGCCAAGCUGGCCUCCAUCCACAGCUGGGAAGAAAAUGUCUUCGUGUACGACCUGGUGAACAGCCGCGUGCCGGGCAUCCCCACCGACAUCUGGACGGGGCUCAAUGACCUGCGGCAGGAGGGUCACUUUGAGUGGACGGACGGCUCCUCCUACGACUACCACUACUGGGACGGCAGUCAGCCCGAUGACGGGAUCCACUCCAUCCCGGAGGAGGAGGACUGCGUGCAGAUCUGGUACAGGCACAGCAGCGCACUGCGCUCCUGGAACGACAACGCCUGCGGCAGAGCCUUCCCCUUCGUCUGCAAGAUCCCCUCGCUGGCCCUGGACUGA